CUGGCGGCCGCGCCCCUCGCCACCGCCCCGCCCGGCGUCUGGUGCGUGGUGACGUCACGGCGACGUGCCCCUGUGCCUGAGCCGAGGAGACCCCGCAGCGAGCUGCCAACGCCCGGCGGAGAUUCUGAGGUUCUCGUUGGAGUUGAUAUUCUAGUAGACUUCAGCUAUGCAGACGAUCAAGUGUGUAGUUGUGGGUGAUGGUGCUGUUGGUAAAACCUGUCUCUUAAUUUCUUACACAACAAAUAAAUUCCCAUCGGAAUAUGUACCAACGGUUUUUGAUAACUAUGCUGUAACAGUGAUGAUUGGAGGAGAGCCUUACACCCUAGGCCUCUUUGAUACUGCGGGUCAGGAAGAUUAUGAUAGAUUACGACCCCUCAGCUAUCCCCAGACAGAUGUAUUUCUGGUCUGUUUUUCAGUGGUGUCUCCUUCUUCAUUUGAAAAUGUGAAAGAAAAGUGGGUACCUGAAAUCACUCACCACUGUCCAAAGACUCCUUUCCUGCUUGUUGGGACCCAAAUUGAUCUUAGAGAUGAUCCCUCAACAAUUGAGAAACUUGCCAAGAACAAGCAGAAGCCCAUAACUCCAGAGACAGCUGAAAAACUGGCCCGGGACCUGAAGGCUGUCAAAUACGUGGAAUGCUCUGCACUUACGCAGAAAGGCCUAAAGAAUGUAUUUGACGAAGCGAUAUUGGCUGCCCUGGAGCCUCCGGAGCCGAAGAAGACUCGCAGGUGUGUGCUGCUAUGAACGUCCCUCCAGAGCCCCUUCUGCAAAGCUGGUGUUUGAUGUCAUACUAAAAGCAAUGUUUAAAUCAAACUAAAGAUACAAAUUUUAAAAUUUGUUUUCGCAAUAAUGACAAAUGCCCUGCACUCCCAUCUCCCCCACACGAUCCCUGUGUGAGAUGAGAAUGUUAGUGUUUAUUCCCCAGUGCCCCCUCAAUUCAGUUAAACUAGUUAAUUUUGAGUAAUUAUGUAUUAUCAGAAAACACUGAUCAGUACUAGUUUUUUUAUUUUGUUUACUGUUUCUAAUUUUUUUUGGUUUAAAAUCCAGGCAUGCUUGUGAUGACUUUUUCUGUAACAGACUAAUUCUAGGCUGUUUUACUGAAGCCUUGUCCCUUACGCUAGUCUGGCAAGACUUGGUUCUGGUUCUAAGAACUUCUAGGGCUGUUCUGCAGCCAGCCAGCAGCCUGGGUGUGAGCAGACUUUCGUACUGAAGACAAAUACAGGAAAGUAAAAUGUCCCAAGUUGGUGCUCCUCUAAGGAGGAGUGUAGAAAAUGUAUCUGCAUCUCCUCUGAAGUUGCCUUGUAUCUCUUCCCUUGGCUUUCCAUUGUGCAGGUCAUAAAUUUCUACCCCAUCCUCUAAGUUAUGAAGCCUUAGGAAUAGGAGAAUAUUUCUCUCUGGAUGCACCAUCAGGCUUGAAACUAGCUUGCCAGUCUCUUCCUUAAUCUUUGACAUCAUAAGCUUUUGUCCUGUGAUGAAGAAAUAACUGCACCUUUUUAAGCAUGCCCAACUGAUUCAGUUGGCUUUUAACAAACCCAUCUUCUGCCAGUCCUUAAUUAUUAGAGAAACGCUUACAAUGACCAGCGUUUACACUGCUGUUUGAACACUCUGAAAGGAUCUGGUGUAUGUUAAGACGAGUUUUGGAGCUGGCCCUGGUGGUGCAUCUCUUACUGGAUGGCUUGGAGGGUGGAAAGGUAGACCUGUGUCAGUAGGAAGGAACUGCAGGGAGGGGUUUCUAGUGUUUAGUGUGGCACCAUAUAGGGACCAGUUAAGGGAAUCCCUGUUUUCUGCAGUUUGCUUGUAAGUAACCUUGAACCUGUAAGAUGGGCUCCAGCCUGCUGAGGAUUGUGUGCAGGGUCUUUACAUAGACUGACUGCAGUGUCGUAGGGAUUUUACCAAAAAUAUAUUUUGGCUUGCAAAUUCAAAGUUUUUUAAGACUUAGGGAAUCUUCUCCAUCUUCCAAAAUUCCGAUUUCUUGUAGACUCAUUAGUGUUGAACCAAUGCUUUUUCAUGUCUAAGUUCUUUGUAUAUGCAUUCUUUUCAGAUGUAUUAAACAAAGUAUCUUCACAA